AUGAAGCUCCUUGCCUUUGCUUCGAUAUUUGCCCUCGUCUGUGGCCAGGUCACCUACCAAGACGCUUCUGGUACAAUUCUGCGCACAGACAAUGGGACGUAUGGACCUCCCUUGGAGGAAUUCCAUUAUUAUUAUGACCAAUGGCCUAUCGGGCUAGCCAUCUCAAGCACCGGGAGGCUGUUCGUCUGCUACACGCGUGGUCAGUAUACCUUCACGCUUGGUGAAGCAGUAAACAAGACUGCCGAGGCUCCUUACCCCUCGGCCGAAUUGAACCUCGCCGUCUCUGCCCUCAACACCAGCUACAACGGCAUUCCAUUCGGCAGUGCCGACUCCAAGGGGCUGAUCAGCGUCCAGGCGCUGUACAUCACGCCGAAAACAACAGACCGCGAUGAAACACUUUGGGCGCUGGAUACCGGACGAGCAUCUAUCAUGGAUUCGCAAGGAGAAGUCACCGUGCCAUAUGCUCAGCCCGGAGGCCCAAAGCUGGUGGGAAUCUCGCUCAAUAAUGAUUCGAUCUACGAGACUUUCACAUUUCCUGCCAAUGUCCACUAUCCAGACAGCUACAUGAACGAUGUUCGUUUCGACCUCCGCCCGAACGUAACCUCCGGCGGCAAGGGUGUUGCCUAUAUCGUUGACUCCAGCGACGAAGGACGUCCCGGCUUCAUCAUACUCGACCUCGGAACAGGCGAAUCGUGGCGGCGCCUUACCCAAGACCCUUCCGUACUCCGGGUUGACAGCGAUGUCCCAAGCUACCAAGGCCAUCCUUUCUACCAGCGCAGCGUGGGUCAACCCAUCGGCCAUCUUCGCGAAGGCCUUGACGGCAUCCAGAUCUCGCCAGAUGGCAAAACCAUUUACUACUCUCCACUCACUGGAAACUACCUGUACUCGGUUCCGGCAGCCAAUCUCCUUGAGCGUGACGACGAUGCAUUGGCUGAGCGUGCUGCCAAGAACAACGUCUCGAACCUCGGGCAGCGGGGCGGCAACGCCAAUGGCUUCGAGGGUGACUCAAACGGCUUGAUCUAUCAGCUCGUGCCAGAGCACAACGCAGUUUUCUACUACGACCCGAAUGACCUUCAGACGCAUGGCUACAUACACGAUCCAAGGAUUCUCUGGCCGGACUCAGCCAGCGUGGGUGAGGAUGGAUACUUUUACGUGAAUAUCAAUCAACUACCAUACCAGCCGAUGUGGAACAACGGCCAGGACUUGAGAAUCCAUCCGGGGGCAGUACUGAGGGCCAAGCUGCCGAAUGAUGGUACCAAAAUCAUGGGCGUCUAUUAG